CGGAUACUGAUUUAAGAAACUGUUUGCUUGCGCUUUGUGUUCUUAAAAAUACAAAAUUGUACUCAUUCACGCACAUGUGUGAAUUGGUCUCAGUUUACAUGGUAAAAAUAGUGCUCGGUCGUGGACGGAUUAUCGUUCGAGAUUAAGAAAUAUGCCAGAAUUGACUGAACUCGAUAAAGCUGCAAGCUCUGAACCUACUAAGGUUGAAGCUGCAGCAACUGGAUCUGGAACUGAUACAGAUUCAGAUGAUACUAUUCCAGAAUUGGAUGAUGCAGGUGCUGGUGGUACAGUUGGUUUCCCAGGAACAACUGUCACUGGUCUUCCUAUUGAUAUGGUUUCCAAAGCAAAACAAAGUCGAGGAGAGAAAAAGGCUAGGAAGCUUAUGAGCAAAUUAGGAUUAAAACCUGUUCAAGGGGUUAACAGAGUGACUAUUCGUAAAUCAAAAAAUAUUCUUUUUGUAAUUAAUAAACCUGAUGUGCUGAAGAAUCCAGCUUCAGAUACUUAUAUAGUAUUUGGUGAAGCUAAGAUUGAGGAUCUCAGUCAACAAGCUCAAGUUGCAGCAGCUGAGAAGUUCAAGGAACCACCAGUUAUUCCAGCAACUGAAGCUGGUGGUAGUACAACGGUUGUUGCACCAAUACAAGAGGAAUCAGAAGAAGAAGUUGAUGAGACAGGUGUUGAAGAAAAAGACAUUGAUUUAGUAAUGUGUCAAGCCAAUGUAUCUCGAGGGAAGGCUAUUAAAGCUCUUAAAAAUAAUCAGAAUGAUAUUGUCAAUGCUAUUAUGGUAAGUUUUUACACACACACACACACACAUAUAUAUAUAUAUAAUUAUUAUGUAAUGAUUUAAAUGAUUUGCAUUUAUUUAUUGAAUUAAAAUAUUGUUGAAAAUCUUAGAAAAUUAAUUCUUUAUAUAAUAAAAAUGGAUUUAUAUAAUUUGGAAAACUAAAAAAAUUAUUAUUUGUUUUUUCAGGAGUUGACAAUGUGAUGAAGCUAUUUAAGAAUAGGUUGUGCUACAUCAUAGCUCGUACUGCGACGUCAUUUUAUUUUAUCAUCUGCGUCAUCGAGAAUAACUUCAUCUUUUUUUUGUCUCAUUUUAUUAAAAGAAUUAAACUCGAAUAUUGAGAGGCCAGAGUUCGCAUGGAGACCGUGAUGCUUGUCUCAAAAAAUCUACAUGUAUAUAAAUAAUUCAUAUGAGAAAAAAAUAAAUACACUAAGGAUACUAUUUGCGUGUUAUUGUGGAUAAAUUCAUUAUAAAGUUUAUAAACUUCAAAUUAGUUUUAUUGGUAUUACAUAAUACUAAAAUGCAAGAUAAUGCGUAUAAAUAUUGAUUAAUUAUUAUGCAAUAAUAUAGAUGAGUUUGAUCAUAUUAUUGAAGUUGCUAAAAUCAGAAAUAUUAUAAAAUCAUUUUUUUGUACAUUCUUAAAUAAACAUCUACAUACUUUUGCCAUAAAUAUAAAAGUACAGAAUA